AUGAUUGAGCCAGAGAUAGAUACCAUAUAUAAGAAGUUUCAAUUAGAAUCAGAGGCAGGUAAAUUGGUAUUGAAACAAAAGUUGAGAGAAUUAGUUGAUCCUGCUACAACUUCAUUGAUGGCACCAAGUGUUAAAGUUAAAACAAAAGGUAAGCCAUCCUCAAAGAAAAAAUAUCACUUUGAUAGUUCUACCAAGCGUGAUCCAUCUUAUUUUGAAAUAGUACAGUCGUCUCAUGAUAAUACAACCCCAGUAAUACAGAGUUCAAGUAAGAUAGGGAAGGAAUGUAAGCAUUCAAAAUCUCGUGUGAAUGUGAAAUAUAGAUUGCGAGGUUAUGAUGAUUCUUUUCCACCAAACGUACAAUAUUUCAUACACAAUAUUGUGAAUGUAGAUUCUGAUGGACAUUGUGGGUUUCGUGCCAUUGCGGCAUUACUUGGCAUGAGUGAGCAAAAUUGGGGAGAUAUUCGUCUUAACCUGAUUGAAGAGUUACAUGUUUUUCGUGCUGAGUAUUCACAAUUAUAUGGAUCUAAUAUGUGUGUAGAUGAGUUAAUACAUGCACUCUCUUGCUUUGAGUCUGUUGCACCUCCCCAGCACUGGAUGACAUUACCUGACAUGGGACAUUUGAUUGCUUCAAAGUAUAAUGUGGUCUUGAUCCAUUUGUCUAGACUUCAAUGUCUUACCUAUCUUCCGCUGAGAUCAGUACCUCCUCCAUCACUACAACACAGAAUUAUUAGUAUUGGUUUUAUGAAUGAUUGUCAUUUUGCUCAGGUGUUUCUUAAAUCAAACUCGCCAAUACCUCCUGUUGCACUCAAGUGGCAUAGAUAUCGAGCUGAUAGUGCACGAGAAUGGGAAACACCAUAUAUAGCUAGAAUUGAAGCAUUUUUGUCUAUGAUCGACAAAAAUGUGUUGCUUUAA